UCCGGUUAUUGGGGGAAUUGACACCCUCUAGUCACGUUAUUGGGGGCACAAGGUUCCUGUCUUCUCGUGGUAUCAAAGAGCUGAACACUAAAUACAAGGUGGACACGAUGGAGAAUCGCCAGCGCCUUCCAUCACUGGGUUUAUCUACUCAUGUUAAAGUAGAACCGGUCUUAUGUGAAGAAGGAGAUCUUAAAUACACCAAUAAAAGCACAUCCACAGAUACUAUGCAGCAUGCAUCUAAACGGCUUAAGGGGGAACCAGUCCCGACAGAACAAGGAAACCUCAAAGCUGAUUACAUUUAUACAUCUACAGAUCACACAGAGAAAAAAUAUGCAUCUAUCCGGAAUAAGGUGGAAGUAGUCUCAAGUGAAGCUGCACGUUUCAAAGUUCCAAGCAUCCAGGCACCCAGACAACACACCCAGACAUCGUACAUGCCAACUACUAUGGCAGAGCGUAGCAAAAGCAGCAGUUAUAUUAUAGAACAGAACAAGCACCUCUUGGGAUCUAGGGGCAGGAAGCUGGGCGAGCCGAACACCGAGAUUGCGUCCACGUCUGUCCUGACUCCGACCUACUGUUCCAAGUGCAAAAAAAUGUUCGCCACCAGCGAGGCUUUUGCCCGACACGAGCCCAUGCACACCUUAAAUGUCAAACUCUUUCCCUGCACCGAGUGUGGGAAAUACUACCGGCACAACACCGCUCUUGUGAUACAUCGCAGGACCCACACCGGGGAAAAGCCGUACUGUUGCACCGAAUGCGGAAGAUGUUUCAAUGCCAGGUCAAGUUUGGUCACCCAUGGGAAGAUCCACUCCGGGGAGAAGUUGUAUUCCUGCUCGGAAUGCGGGAAGGGUUUUGCCAAAACAGAUGACCUCUUUAACCACCAGCUGAUGCACAAUCGAGAGAGAAAGUUUUCCUGCAACGAUUGUGGGAAAUGUUUCAAAGUUGAGUCUGAGCUCAUUGCCCACCGGAGGGUCCAUCCUGUGGAAGAACUCUUUCUGUGUUCGGGUUGCGGCAAAGACUUUACCCAGUACUCGAAACUUCUCAGACACCAAAAAACCCACCCAAAACCUCCUCCCGUCUUUAUUACCAGUGAAAAAAUGCUAAAGGACCAGUGAGCCUAAAGCACAAGUCGGCUUAUACAGAAGAGCUACUAUUAACCUAUGAAUAUAUAUCAAUGUCACAAUUUUCUACAUUUAAAAUAUUUUAACUCCUUAUAAGUACCCCGAAAACGUUAAGAUGUAUAUUUGCGAAUGAUCAUUUUAGCUCUUUUAUGUCAAGCAACUAGUGUUUUCAUGCUUAGUGGUGCUUUGGGCUACUAAUGAUCAUUUGUGACAGGGCGAGAUGCUUGAGAUUCUUCGUGUUCAAGAAGUCGUGAUGUUUUGAUGUACGUGGCUAUUUGUUUUGGUAAAUUCUGGCCUUGGUUGGAGAAAUAAGGAAAUCCUUAAAAAAUCAAAAAAAAAGUGCUUGGCAACAUAUCUUUGACCAAACUAAUGGUGUCUGAGAAGAGGAACCUUCACUCUUUUUGAAGAAGAGGUCAACUUUGAAUACCAUAUCUGACUUUGAGAAUAAGUCUUGGAAGCUUCAAUCUGUUCAAAUACCCAAGUAUGGGUAUAACGUUGUAUCCAAACGGUUUGACUUUAACGUAAGCGGUUUAUGGAUUUUGUGACAUUCCCUACAUCUUCUCACGGAGUCCGCAGUGGUGGGCAUGACAUGAAGCUUGUCUGUAGACCUCUUAUCCAUAAGCCUUUCUUCACAUUGUAACCAGCAGGAAACAGUUAUAUGGUCUGGGUGACAGGGAAAUCGUUGAUUGGGUCAUGACCUCUUUUCACCGGUGACUGGCUAACCGUUAAUAAACAUUUGGCUUGCAUCCGUGCGGUUGUAUGCUCAAUAAAAUGUCUACAUCGUUGAACAUUGGUCACAAUGGGCCAGUCCGCAUUCCUGUACUCCUUACUGUGGGGUUGAUUUUAAGUGUAACAUUAAAUAAAGUAGCAAUUUCACAUAACAUAUAAACAAUAUCAUGAUGAACAUGAUAUAAAACCUGGCAGCUUGAUCCUAGUAUUAUGCCCAUGGGAAGCACAGGCCAGGCCAUUUCUCUGACGAAGGCUGACCCUUCAUAGCUGACCCCACCGUAAAGCAUUAAACGUGUAUUAAAGCAUUUAUUCUGCCAAAAAGAGCUGUAUUAUAGGAAAAUAUUGGUAUUUGUGUUUUUUUCCCCCCGUUUCAGCACAGGACAUUUUCUUUGUCGGCUUUCCAACAAAUGCUGUUUUUGUCAAGACAAAUUACAGCGGGUUUUUUUUUUUGUUUCGUUUGCUAAUUAACACAGAUUUAUUUUGUGUAUUAUGUGCAUUUGUAACUCUGAGACUGUAUAAAAACACUCAAAAGACUUGGCUCAUCAGAUGAGACUUGAUGUCGCUGCAUAAAUAAAAGGAAAUGGUAUAUUUAAAUUUGAA